CCACCAACUAUGGAAAACCUACAACGUUUUCGAGCUGAAGCCCAAGCAUCCAACGAUCCUAAAAAAAUGCUCGAUUUAGCCAAAUAUAUGAUGGAGGUGGUUACUGUGGUUUAUGCUGCCAAUGAAUCGAAGGAUCCCAAACGAGCUCGCAAGAUUAAAGAAGCAUUGACAACUGAAGCACAAAAGAUCGUCAAAAAACUUACAACCAGCGGUAGUGGUCUAGGCAAAUCAGGUGGAUAUCCAGAAGCUCUUUUUUAUUUGGCGGAUUGUUAUGGUAGUGGCAAACUUGGUUUGGUAGUCGAUGUGGACAAAGCAUUCUCUCUCUAUUUACAAGGUUCCAAACAAAGUCAUCCAGCAUGUACCUAUCGUGUGGCAGUAUGUUACGAAGUAGGUGCAGGGACCAAGAAGGAUAAUGCUCAUGCUAUUCAAUUCUUUCGCAAAGCAGCCAAUUUAGGUGAUGGACGAGCCAUGUACAAACUUAGUAUGAUUCUUUUACGUGGUACACUUGGACAACCUAGAAAUCCUCGGGAAGGUAUGAGUUGGUUAGAACGUGCGGCAACUCAGGCAGAUGAAGAUCAUCCUCAACCUAUUCAUGAUCUUGGUGUGGCUUUUGAAAAAGAAGGUAUUCCAUCAGUGAUUCCUGAUCCAAACUAUGCUCGUGAUUUAUUUACGCGUGCUGCUCUAUAUGGUUAUGCUCCCUCUCAGUUCAAGCUUGGUUUGGCGUAUGAAAAUGGAUUUCUUCAUUGUCCUAUUGACCCUCGACGAUCAAUUGCAUGGUAUAGUAAGGCAGCUGAACAAGGUGAUUUGGAAUCUGAAUUGGCAUUAUCUGGUUGGUAUUUGACAGGGGCUGAAGGUGUUUUACAACAAAGUGAUGCUGAAGCUUACCUUUGGGCUCGGAAGGCUGCGGAUCGUGGUUAUGCCAAGGCGGAAUAUGCGGUAGGCUACUAUACAGAAACAGGUGUUGGUGUCAAACAAAGUUUAGAUGAUGCAAGAAAAUGGUAUAUGCGUGCAGCUGCUCAAAAUAAUCGACGUGCCAUGCAACGACUCGCUGAACUCAAAAAACAUGGAAAUAUGCAACAACGAAGGAAACAUACC